GGCAGGCAGGCAGGCAGACAGGGUCACUCCUUCCUUAUGCCAAAUAGUGGCCACAGCGUCUUUCACAUGGCCUCUCUGCCUCGUUUGACUGGCCCACCCACUCCCUUCCUCCCCUUCGCCGCCCGUGAAACUUCCCAACUCCCCCCUCUUUGACUACUGCUUGGAACGGCAACAGGUCGUGUGCUUGUCUCCAACGUCAACCCGCCGUCUUUGCUGUCGCCUCGGCUCCUGGCUAACGCACUGGUCGCCAGUAAACGGCGUCGCCUGCAGCCCUCUGUCACGCGCCACCUCGUCGAUCGCGCUCGUUGCUCGCCUCGACUGCUAUCCACGGGGCCUCUCAUCAGGAAAUGCCCAAUUCGUGAAUUAUUCUUCUCGUUUGGAUUCUCGAUUCUUCUCUUAACCCAACUCAUUUCCUCUCACAACCCACUGCUACGUCGCCCGAAAUGUCGCCCGCCGCCGCCAUCGCCAACGGCGAGCACGGACACGUGCGCUUCAUCCCCCAGACGUACGACAACACCGACUCGCGCCGCUCCGCCCUCAAGCUCAUUCUCACUCUCAUGCCUCACUGGGCUGCCGAUGAGGCCCACAUUGACCUUGUCCGCUUCACCGAUGGCAUCACCAACACGCUGCUAAAGGCCGUCAACCGUCGCCCUGGCCAGUCCAAGGCAGACAUGGACCGCGACGCCAUCCUUUUGCGGGCCUAUGGCAACGGCACCGACGUGCUCAUUGACCGUGAGCGCGAGGCCGCUAAUCAUGAGCUGCUUAUGCGCUACAACCUCGCCCCUGAGCUGCUGGCCCGCUUCGCAAACGGCAUGCUUUACCGCUUCAUUCCCGGGGCCGUCGCACAGCCCAAAGACCUGGCCAACCCCGACAUUCUUUCCGCCGUGGCGAGGAGGCUCGCCCAGUGGCACGCGACUGUCCCCUGCCUUCCAGGCUCGGGCGUCAAGUCUGACAACUCUAGCACCGGUGCCGCCAAUGGCGACGAUGAACGUGCCAAGAUCAUCAAUGCCGCUCCUGGCAAGCCGUUCCCCAAUGUCUGGACGACCAUGCAGAAGUGGAUCUUGGCGCUUCCGACCGAUACGCAGCAGCAGAGAGAGCGCCGUGAUCGUCUGCAAAGUGAGCUCGAGGGCAUGAUUCAGAAGCUGAGCCAGCGUCCAGGCCUCGGCGACAACGGGCUGGUCUUUGCUCACUGCGACCUCCUCAGUGCCAACGUCAUCAUCCACCGCCAGGGUAAUGCCGCUACGACGGUGAGCUUCAUCGACUACGAAUAUGGCACCCCAUCACCCGUGGCCUUCGACGUCGCAAACCAUUUCGCGGAAUGGGCCGGCUAUGACUGCGACUACGCUGCGGUCCCCACACGGGCUCAGCGGCUGGCCUUUGUCCGCGAAUACAUCAAGGCGUAUGCCAAGCUGUCUGGCACCGCCAUGGAUGAGGAGGAGGAGACGCAGAAGCUGAUGGAUGAGGUGGACGAGUUCCGUGGGGUCCCGGGUUUCUAUUGGGGCAUCUGGUCUCUGAUCCAGGCCACCAUCUCACACAUUGACUUUGACUACGCCUCGUACGCUGAGGAGCGGCUGGGCGAGUAUUGGGCGUACAAGGCCGAGGUGGAUGGCAGCCGCGAAGCAUCCGGCAAGGAAAUGCCGCUCCGGGAGAAGACGUGGUCAAGCCGCGAAUGAAGCAGGCCAAGCAAGAACAGGGGGAGACAACGGGGGCGCUUCAUCAUCACCACCACUACGUCCGGCGCUAGUAUGCGGAAUCGCGACGCCGCCCAGCUUAUCAUUCCGCGGAGCGAAGAGCGAGCUGGAGAGGCAUCGCGCUCGCCGGCGACGCAAGACGAUGACCUAGGCCCGAUUGCGGAGCAGCACUCGCCGGCAAGGCUCCGAAUGGGGUACGAGCAGCGAUGAGCGCGCUCGGUACAACGUAACGACACAAGAGACGGUUGAUACGCAAAAGCUAGAUCGGGGAAUGGGCCAGAAGACGUGGCAGCCAUUCAACAUAGCGCUCCUGGGAUAUAACACUGGUGGUACUACUUAUCAUGUACCCGAGUCGCAGUAGGACCAUUAACUCAGUACUCGUACGACAGCAGAGCAACUUAAUACACAUGACACUUUAUAAGUCGCG